AUAAUGAAGUGCUGUUGUUUGGUUGUUUUCAUAUUUUGCACAAUCGAUGUGUCAAAUGGCGGCAUUCUUUCCGGGAUCUGCCUCGCCUCCAAUGGUACCUGUGGAAAGAAAGGUGUUCCAUGUAAAGAAACAUUCGGGUCUGAAUGGACGCAUACCGGAAAAUGCUGCAAUGAACGACCAUGCUGCAAAUCUUUCAAAUCGCCAUGUGUUCCAGACACUACUUGCCCAAGGGAUUUCAAGUUGUUGACAAACCAAGCAAGUAGUGCUAAUUGUUAUUCAUAUAAUGGAAACGGUAAACCGUGGGAAGAAGCUCAGUCGAUUUGUGCCAGUUCACCAGGUGCCUACCUGUGGAGACCGAACACGCUACAAGAAACCUUUGAUGUUUACCAUGAAUAUUUGAAACAUGCACCUUCUGUAUGGACCGGUGCAAAUGAUAGAGACAAGGAUGGGAUUUUUACAUUUAUCACAGAAAAUGGUCCAUUUUCAUUAAAUUCUGUCCCAUUUGGACAAGGCGAAUUUAUUUUCAAUGAAAUGAAAAUGACAAAUGAUACACAAUCUGCGUCGACACCAGAUACUAACAAUGAUAUCAUCGCUGGAUCACCACAUUGGCUCAUUAUAGGACUGAUUGGCAUCGUGCUAUUUGUAGUAAUUAUUGCAGUUGUGAUAUUACUUUUCCUAUUUCGACAAAAAAUACUUACAAAAUGGAUGUCGGAAGAUUCAGAGAGUACUUCAGAUAACAUAGAUCAAAGAGAGCAGGCAGAGGUUCGCGGUAGACGUAAAAAGAAGGAUGACACAGAGAUUGAAGAAGACGUUAUUGAGGUUUGA